ACAUCUUCGACGGCCACCACAGCCUCCAUUCCAGUCUUCCCAUUUACGCGUUUCAAUAUGGCCGAUCGUCUUGCGCAGGUUGCUGGCCAUCUCUCCGGCGCAUACCCUCGUGGUCUCCUCGCCGGCGAAGUUGCGAUCAUCACAGGUGCAUCCCAGGGUAUUGGCCGUAGCGUCGCGCUACUUUUCGCAAAGGAGGGAGCAAAGGUCGUCGUCACCGAUCUCGAGGAGAAGAAGGCACAACUUGUGGUCGAUGAGAUCAAGCUCGCGGGCGGUGACGCCAUCGCUGUUGGCGGAGACGUCUCCGCGGACGACUUCCCUGAGAAGGUCAUCACCGCUACCAUCCAGAAGUACGGCAAGAUCAACCACAUCGUAAACAAUGCCGGAUUCACGUACGAUCGUAUGCUGCACACCACGCCAGACGACGCAUGGGAUAUUAUCAUCCGCGUCCAUGUCCGGGCGCCGUUCCGACUUAUCCGCGCUGCUGCCCCCUACUUGCGUAUCAAGGGCAGCACUGAGAACCGCUCGAUCAUCAAUGUUUCGUCGACGUCAGGUCUGCACGGCAACGUCGGCCAGGCCAACUACGCCGCUGCCAAGGCUGCCGUCAUCGGGCUCACUAAGACUAUCACCAAGGAGUGGGGUCCGUUCGGCGUUCGCGCCAACACUGUCGCGUUCGGCUUUGUCCAGACACGGUUGACGGCUGCUAAGGAGUCGGGAGCUUCGAUUGAGAUCGACGGAAAGAAGGUGGCUCUGGGCAUUCCUCAGGCGGCAGGUAAGGGCGUGAACCCUUACGCGCACAUCCCCCUGGGCCGGUCAGCUACGCCCGACGAGGCUGCGGGUGGCGUUCUCUUUUUGGCGUCUCCCCUCGCUUCGUUCGUCUCUGGCCACACGCUCGAGGUCACCGGCGGUGCAGGCAUUUGAGUUCUGCAUCAGGUCAGGUGUCGGGUGCCUGUCCUAUGGGGAUAGAUCCUUAGUAAAACACAUGGCUACUGGAAUCCCAUACAUGUACAUUAUGUGUACUGCAGGCGUUUGGGUGUCGUUCCUCUUAGUGUUGGACACGUCACCUGAAUCUUCGACGUUGGAUAUACUCAUGCAGCCCAUCUCCAUCUCAAC